AUGGAGGAUUGUUGCAUGUCACUCGCACGACUGAGGGAUGUUCCUAGCGAUCAACUGAUCGCGCCAUUUGUGGAAAUUCAGAUACUACAGAGGAAGAUUAGUGACGCCUUUUGCUACCACGAUAUAUCUACCUGCGACAUAAGAGGAGAGCGCGCACUCCAGAUCACCAUUGAUUCUUUCUCCCGAGAACUUGAUGGACUUAAAAAGAUUGUUGGCUCAACAGACAGAAAUGCUAUUCUGGCCCAACAUCUUCACUUUCUGGAAGUCUGGAUUCUUGAAGUCGCGCUCCACAACGAGGUUUGGCAAAACUCCUUCGUGUCUGCCCGACUUAGUCAACCCGAGAAUAGUCUCUCAAUACAGCUCUCAGUACAUCGGACAAAGAUGCUGUGGCAGCUCGUCGCAGCAACGGUUUCAUUUCAUAAUUGGUGUCUGUCUGUUGAGAAUAACGAGCUACUCCAUUUUCCAUUCUCUUGGUGGACAGAACUUUCUUACGUGGUUAUCGUUCAGGUCAAGACUGCUUUCCUCAACUGUGGGAAUCUUGUCACAGGAAAGGUACAGAUAACAGAAUCACUAGAAGCUGAAUUCAGAAGAGCUGCUGAACAGGAAUUCAUGAUACCUCAUCUGCUGGAUGAGUAUAUGAUGAAAUUGACCACAAUUACCACGCAGCUUGUUGAUGAUGACGGCAGCAGGGACAUGGUAUAUUACUAUGGGGUCUUGCUCAAGAGCAUACAAUCUGGCUAUGAGAGCCGAAUUAGGGCUGAGAAACCACCCACACUGGGGCAAUUUGAAACGCAUCAAAAAGAGGCAUCCUUUUCACAGCUGUCGCAUCCGGAAGUCAGGAGUGCGGACAUAGAAGGAUCGAUGCCGCCAGCAGUCAACACAAAUGAUGCGGUACUGGAAACAGGGGACCCGGACAUUUCUUCUGCAAAUCAACUGGAGUUGCAAUUUGAUUUGGCCGAACCUGGGUUUGACGAGUUCGUGUGGGACACGAUGAUGGAUGAUUUCUCCUUCUUCAUACCCAACAAUGGACCAUCCUUUUGA